AUGGAGUACUUCCGCGUGCCUCCGCGCUGGCUAUUCGUCAAGAUCACAGACGAAGCAGGCAACGUGGGUUGGGGAGAGGCUUCUCUCGAGGGUCACACCCAAGCCGUAGAAGGGUGCCUGGAUGCUUGGUUCGAUCGCUACAACGGCUUCGAGGCUGACGACAUCGAGCACAUUUGGCAAAUGUCAUGGCGGACCACCUUCUACCGGGGUGGUCCGGUCUUUAUGAGUGCCUUGGCCGGCAUUGAUAUUGCGCUUUGGGAUUUGAAAGCUCGCAAACUGGGGGUACCCAUCUACCAAUUGCUGGGAGGGAAAGUCCGAGACAAGCUUAAGGUGUACGCAUGGAUAGGGGGCAACCGGCCAAAUAAUGUAUCAGAAGAAGCAAAAGCACGAAAGUCGCAAGGCUUCAGCUGCGUCAAGAUGAAUGCCACAGAAGACAUCGGCUGGUUGGACUCGCCAUCAGCCCUCGACUCGUGUGUAGAACGAGUCAAGGCCGUCAAAGACCUGGGGAUGGACGCCGGUGUCGACUUCCAUGGCCGGAUACACAAGCCUAUGGCCAAACAGCUCGUGAAGCUACUUGAGCCGCACCGACCUCUCUUUAUCGAGGAGCCCCUGCUUUCAGAACACAUCGAGGGAAUCAAGUCCCUGGCAGAGCAGACUAGCGUCCCAAUUGCUCUUGGCGAGCGCCUACACAGCAGGUGGGACGUCAAACCCUUCCUUGAAGCAGGCUGUGUGGACAUUCUUCAGCCAGAUAUUUCCCACAUUGGUGGAAUUUCUGAGAUGAAGCGCAUCGCUGCCAUGGCUGAGGCUUACGACGUGGCACUUGCACCGCAUUGUCCUCUAGGCCCUAUUGCUCUGGCUGCGAAUUGCCAGGUGGACUGCUCCAGCCCCAACUUUGCCAUUCAAGAAAUGAGCCUGGGUAUUCACUAUAAUGCAGGAACGCAGGACCUCACAGCCUACACCAAGAACCCGGAAGUAUGGAAUGUUACUGAUGGCUAUAUCAACAUCCUCACAGGUCCGGGACUUGGGAUUGAGAUUGAUGAGGAGCAAGUCCGAGCUCUGUCAAAGGAUGCACAAGCAUGGAUUAGUCCUGGCUUCAUUGGCCCUGGUGGUGAGAUCCGAGAAUGGUGA